ACGUGAAAGACACUCGACUCAUCGAGAGAAUUUAGUGCUGCUGUAACGGGCUGAGGCAGAAGGUGGCAGCAAUGCAACAAUAAGGAUGCCGGCUGCCAUUAAACGCCGAAGAAGAAGAAGAACAACAACAACAACAACAACAAGAAAAGGUUGCUGUUUGCGGUAUAAUGGCAGACUCUGGAUCAAAGCUUAAAAUAAUAAAGUUUUUAAAAAUUUUCGCCAGUACUUUAUUAAUUGCGGCCGUGGUGUUAUUUACCGUAGUCUCUAUCAGAACAUUAUCGCUCGACGUUAAUGUCGGACUUCAACUUGCACACUGGGAAAAGACGAGCAAUAUUUCGCUUGUCAUAAACCACCAUCAGAGAGAGGAACUUUUGGACAAUUUUAAAGAAGCUCUCCGGAUCCCCACCGUGUCGUUCACAGAGUCAGACAUCAACACCACAGCGCUACUGGAAUUUAACAAACUUAUCCGAAAAGCUUUCCCUACAAUUUUUUCUUCAAAGUUGGUUCAUCAUGAAGUGGUAUCAAACUAUAGCCACCUAUUUUGGGUGCAAGGAUCACAGCCUAACCUGGCACCCUACAUGUUGCUGGCCCACAUUGAUGUGGUACCUGGCUCAGAGUCUGACGGCUGGGACGCGCCACCAUUUUCUGCCAAAGAGGUUGAUGGCUUCAUCUAUGGCAGAGGGACCAUCGAUGACAAGCAGAGCGUAAUGGGAAUUCUCCAAGCUGUAGAGUACUUACUGAUACAAGGAUACGCACCACGGAGAGGAUUUUACAUUGGCCUUGGUCAUGAUGAAGAAGUCUUUGGCAUCAGUGGGGCACUGAACAUAGUUCAAAUGUUAAAACAGCGUGGCGUUCAACUGUUGUUUGUCCUGGACGAAGGCCAAGCUAUACUGGAUGGAAUCAUCAAUGGUCUUGAUGGACCUGCUGCUCUCAUUGGGGUCAGUGAAAAGGGCCAAGCCACAGUAAAGCUGAGUGUAUCUACAGAACCGUGCCACUCGUCUAUGCCUCCAAGCGAGACCAGCAUUGGUAUCUUGGCUGCAGCCAUCAAAAGACUAGAGGAGAACCCAAUGCCAAGAUUAUUUGGUCAAGGCCCUGAACGUGGAACAUUUGAACAUCUGGCCCAUAAGUUCCAGCUCCCACUGAAAUUAGUAAUGUCGAAUCUGUGGCUCUUUUCUCCAGUCAUUGGCAGGUUUUUGGAAAGGAGUCCUACUACAAAUGCUCUAGUAAGGACAACUGUAGCCGUAACCAUGUUUAAUGCUGGAGUUAAGGUGAAUGUCAUCCCCCCUGCUGCAGAGGCUUGUGUAAAUCUCCGAAUACAUUCAGCACAGUCAUUACAAGAGGUCAUGGAUCUUAUCCGAUCCACGAUUGCGGAUCAGCGUGUGAAGAUAGAACUCCUUCAUGGAUUCGACCCUCUGCCUGUCAGCUCCUAUGAUGACAUGUCCUUUGGUUUCCAGAUCAUUAAAAAAACCAUAUUAGACAUAUUUCCAGGACUCACAGUUGCUCCAGGCUUGUGUGUUGGGAACACAGACAGUCGACACUUCAAAGAACUGACCAAAAAUAUUUAUCGCUUCAGCCCUACCUGGUUUAAACCAGGUGAUCUUCAAAGGUUUUUUACCUGGUGGCAUCAAAAGCAAAACUCAAUAAACAAGAAGUGGGAAAUGUUACAGUGUCCCAGAGCGUGGGGCGCAGUAAAAACAAGGAAAAGCACUCGACAGUAGGGAUGGUGCCUGGAUUCCUCCGUAACAGGACUCCAAUUGAGCUGUAGAAACAUCUCAAGGUUGAUCAGUGGAAGCAGGAUGCACCAAGGAGCUCUGUUUUGAGCUUUACGGCAAAUGCUGUGAAUACCUUUGUACAUGUGAUUUUUUAGUUGUGUGUGUGUGUGUGUGUGUGUGUGUGUGUGUGUGUGUGUGUGUGUGUGUGUGUGUGUGUGUGUGUGUGUGUGUGUGUGUGUGUGUGUGUGUGUGUUUUUAAAUAACUUUGCAAAAAUCUCAAACUUUUGUCACAUUGUCAUUGUGGGAUAUUAUGUGUUUGGAGGGGGAAAGAUGAAUUUCAUCCAUUUUGGGAUAAGGCUGUGACAUAAAAUGGGGAAGAAGUGAACCACUGUGAAUACUUUUCAGAUUUAUUUUACUUUCGAAACUACCUAAUGUAUGGCAAUAACCCUUAUGUGAAAUGAAGUGGUCAGUUGUUUAUAAAAUGAUGUUCACUUCAAAGUUGACCCUUCUCUGGUAUUAAAAGAUUAACAACCA